AUGAUAAACCAAUCAAUAUUAGCUAGAACAAGCCAAACAUAUUUUUAUUUAAAUUAUGUUAAUAAAUUAUUUGUCUUUAAAAAUUUUGGAACGGUUAAAAUUCCAGAAAGUUUAAAACCUUUUUACGAGAAAAAAAAAGAAGAAUUGGAAUUAAAAAAAAAAAAACUAGAAGAAAAGAAAAAAAAAAUGGAUAAAGUCCAAAUAUCAAAGGAAAGAAAAAAUAAAUUCAAAUCAUCGAAGGGGCAACAUAACAUAUAUUAG